GUUUUGGCGGAGUGUGACUCUCCACUGUUGCAGUGAUCUCACUGCUGGCUCUGCUGUAGUCUUCCAUCAGCUCUGCAGUCUGGGGCUCAUCGCUGCAGUGCAUCCUCAUCCUCUGUCUGCGUCUGAGGACUCAGCAUGUGUGGUAUAUGGGCCUUAUUUGGGAGCGAUGAGUGCCUGUCAGUUCAGUGCACCGGUGCGAUGAAGAUUGCUCAUCGGGGUCCUGAUGCUUUCCGCUUCGAGAACAUCAAUGGUUUCACCAACUGCUGCUUUGGAUUCCACCGUUUGGCCAUUGUGGACCAGCUGUACGGUAUGCAACCCCUGCGGGUUAAGAGGUUACCCUACCUCUGGCUCUGCUACAACGGCGAGAUCUACAACCACCGCCGUCUGAAAGACCACUAUGAGUUUGAAUAUCAGACCAGGAUGGAUGGAGAGAUCUUGCUUCACCUGUAUAACCGCUUUGGUGUGGAGAAGAUGGCCUAUCUGCUGGACGGAGUGUUCGCCUUUAUCCUUUUGGACACGGCCAAUAGGAAGGUUUUCCUGGGGAGGGAUACGUACGGCGUGAGGCCAAUGUUCAAACUGCUGACCAAUGAUGGUUUCCUGGCCGUUUGCUCAGAGGCCAAAGGUCUACAUCAGAUCACCCACUCCAUGACUGAACCAGUAGAGAUCGCCCCCUUUCCUCCAGGACACUUUGAAGUUUUUGACCUGAAGCCCACUGGGAAAGUGACGUCUAUUCAGCUGGACCGUUUCCAUACCUGCACGGAGGAACCCAAACAUGCUAUUCAUGACAACACCCGGAUGCUUGGCACAGGUUUUGCUCUGGAGACAGUGAAGAGCAACAUCCGGCUGCUGUUUGAAAACGCUGUGAGGAAGCGGCUGAUGGCCCACAGGAGAAUCGGGUGUCUCCUAUCAGGUGGACUCGACUCGAGCCUGGUAGCUGCCACUCUCGUCACGCUGGCCAAAGAGAAGCAGUUACCGUACCCCAUUCAGACAUUCGCGAUCGGGACAGAAGAUAGUCCAGACAUUUUAGCUGCACGCAAGGUGGCUGCACACAUAGGCAGCGAACACCACGAAGUGAAUUUCACCCCAGAAGAGGGAAUCAAUGCUCUGGAUGACGUCAUCUUCCACCUGGAGAGUUAUGACAUCACCACCGUCCGUGCAUCUGUUGGCAUGUAUCUGGUAUCUAAGUACAUCCACGACAAGACGGACAGCGUGGUGAUCUUCUCCGGUGAAGGUUCUGAUGAACUCACUCAGGGAUACAUCUACUUCCAUAAGGCACCGUGUCCGAAAAGCGCUGCGGAGGAAAGCGUGCGCUUGCUGAAGGAGCUGUACAUGUUUGACGUACUGAGAGCUGACAGGACUACAGCUGCGCACAGUUUGGAGCUGAGGGUUCCUUUCCUGGACCACAGGUUUACGGCCUACUACCUGUCCCUGCCCGAGGAGAUGAGAACGCCCAAGGAAGGAGUGGAGAAGCACCUCCUGAGGGAUGCGUUCAAAGGGCUGAAUCUGAUUCCAGAUGAAAUACUGUGGAGGCGUAAAGAGGCGUUCAGUGACGGUUUGACGUCCGUGAGGAAGUCCUGGUACACCAUCUUACAGGAGCACAUUGAGUCUGAGGUUAAUGAUUCUCAAAUGGAGAAAGCAGCAAAGCUGUUUCCUUACAACCCCCCCACCACUAAAGAGGGCUUCUUUAUCAGGCAGAUGUUUGAGAAACACUACCCUGGCCGCUCUGGGUGGACCCCGCAUUACUGGAUGCCCCGCUGGAUUAAAGCCUGUGACCCUUCAGCCAGAACCCUGCCCAUAUACAAACCAGACCAGGACUAGGAACCAUGACCACACAGCCUGGGCUCCACCAAACCGGGUUUAUUCUAGUACUCAUCAACAUCACCGCAACACACAGCUUUCAUGCACAACAGACAGACAGACCGACCAACCGACUGACCACACAGGGACCACGACCACGCAGGAACCAUGACCACACAGCCUGGACUCCACCAGACCGGGUUCAUUCUAAUACUCAUCAACAUCACCGCAACACACAGCUUUCAUACACGACAGACAGACAGACAGACCAACAGACCGGCAGACCGACCACACAGGAACCACACAGGGACCACGACCACACAGCCUGGGCUCCACCAGACCGGGUUUAUUCUAAUACUCAUCAACAUCACCGCAACACACAGCUUUCAUACACGACAGACAGACAGAUAAAUAGGCAGACAGAUCAAAAGACAUUCUAGAUAGAUAGAUAGAUAGAUGGACUGAUGGAUUGAUUGAUUGAUGGAUUGUUUGAUGGAUUGAUUGAUGGACUGAUUGAUGGAUGGACUGAUUGAUGGACCCGUUGAUGGACUGAUUGAUGGA